CCGCGGACGACGACAUCGUUGAAAAUCACUCUUCCUCUCAUUACCUGGUCGAUCCACAUCACCGUACAGGCCAGGAUGUCAACCGAUACGCCGGUCGCCGCCUCAAAUGGCAUCCCCGAAGUUGCCACCCCGGAGGCAAAGCAAGAGCCAACGGAGGAGCAGGAGAUGCCGUUUUCAUGGCUUCAGCCACACCCAAUCUUCGUCAUCGUCCUCGUCGGAGCCGAACAGAAGCCCUUUGGCCUCCAAAAGGACUUCUUGUGUGCCAAAUCAAAAUACUACCACGAGUACUUCAAAGGACAGAAGAAAUCCUCCGAUACCAUCGAGCAUCUGGUGAAGCUCCCCCAGUACACUCCCGAAGUCUUCGGCCUGGCUCAGCUCUUUCUCUUCACUGGAGAAGUCUCAGAGGAUGUCGAGACGUUUCCGUCGUAUGAGGCACUCAUUGGUGUGUGGAAGCUGGGUCACGAAUUGGGUAUAGAUGGUCUCUGUGAUACGAGUCUUGACGCAAUGAAAGAGUGCAGACGUCUCACUGAGAACAUCCCCGCCACUCCCCUUCUUGUCCGGGUUUGGAAAGACACCCCUGAGGGCUCAACCAUUCGGAAGCUCCUCCUCUCGUGGACGGCAGAGUAUAUGCGUUCAUCCGACAUGAGAGCCGACUUCGCCAAAUCUCUCCCUCAGGAGGUUCUGAGCGAGCUAGUUGUGACUAUGAGUUCACUCGAGAACCUGCCUACGCCGCCUGCAGCACCGGCCGACACUGCCUCCGCCGAGCCUACUCCUAGAAAGAUUGUGCACUAUCUGGAGGAGGACAGUGACGAAGAACAAGGACAUAUGUCCAAGAAGAACCGGCGGGCCUCUGCGCCGUUACCCGCUUCUCAAAACAGAGACAAGGCGUUUUCCCGCGCGCCACCUCCCCCGGUCCGCAAGGCCGCGGCUGUAGCGGCUGCAGCCGCGGCACCCCGUCAAAAGCCCGUUAUCCAGAAACGACGCAGCAUUGUUUCGGCACCAAGCGACGAGAUCACGACCGAGAAGAAGGUCGAGUUCUGUUCCGAUCUGCUUGACAGAAUGCUAUCAGGACCUGGCUUUUGGACGAGACUCGUUGGCCCAUUCAAGGAACCUGUCGAUCCUAAUGAGGAUGGCGUGCCCGAUUACCUUUUGAAGGUGAAGAAACCCAUGGACUUGAACACAGUCAAGUUCAAGAUGUCGCAACACCAGUACCAGACAGAGGAUGAGUUUGCCGCCGACGUGCGCCAAAUUUUCGAAAACUGCUACACGUACUGGAAAAAGGGCGAUCCCAUGUGGGUGGCGUGUGAGAAGUUCCAGCGCACAUUUGAGGACAAGUAUGCCCAAAUGCACAAGAACAUCUCCAAAAUGCUGCGCGAGCCCGUGGACUAGACUGCCGCCCCGCGACAUGAUUCUCCGGCUGAUGGUGCGAAUCAUGCAUGAUGUGGAUUGGGGCUUCACGUGUAUGAUAUUUCGUGAGAGGGCGGACGACAGUUGUCUUAUCCUUGGGGCGCGCUCUUAAUCUUGAUGGGGGAGCGCGAUAAGGGCAUGCUAUAUAAUGUGUAUCGUUAGGGACAGGGUGCAGGGGAUUUGUGAGGAGGAGUAAAUUGCUUUCGAGGAGGAUAAUACCCAGACUGGCCUCGAGCAGCGCAAGACAGACCUACCUAGUUAUGCUAUAUCACAUGUAUUCGUACUCAACCUAAGGUAGGCUAGCGACAUUAUACGGAUGCAAAGCUGAAAGCUUGUCGCCCUGUUCAUCUCACGUGUCCACGUGCCAACGCGGCAGCAAUCUUGUCGUCUGUGUCAUUCGU